AUGGCAUCGCAAAAGCUCAAUGUUUUGGUGUACACAGGCACCGGAUCGACCAUUGAGUCAGUCCGGCACUGCAUCUACUCUCUCCGCCGCUUGCUCGGUCCCAACUAUGCCGUGAACCCCAUCACCGAGUCUGCUUUGCUGAGAGAGCCUUGGGCCCCGACGUGCGCUCUCCUUGUCUUCCCUGGCGGCGCUGAUCUCGGCUACUGCCGUGUUCUGAACGGCGCCGGCAACCGCAGUAUCGCCCAGUUUGUCCGCCGUGGUGGCGCCUACCUCGGCUUUUGCGCUGGUGGUUACUACGCAUGUCGCCGCUGCGAGUUUGAGGUCGGAAACCUGGAGCUAGAGGUUACUGGAAGCCGAGAGCUGGCCUUCUACCCCGGGACAUGCCGGGGUGGCGCGUUUCCGGGGUUUGAGUAUCACAGUGAGCGGGGUGCAAGGGCGACCACGAUCUCCGUUUUAAAGGACGCCUUUCCUGACUCGGCGUCGCUCCCCAGUGAAUUCCGAUGCUACUACAACGGCGGAGGGGUGUUUGUGAACGCGGACAAGCUCGCGGUGGAGUCGGGCAAUGUGCAAGUGCUUGCUGAGUACACGGAUGAUAUUGCGGUUGAAUCCGGCGCGACCAAAGCCGCGAUAGUGUACUGCAAAGUCGGCGAAGGAGCAGCGCUCCUCACAGGUCCUCACCCCGAGUUCGAUGCUGUUAACCUUAGCCGCCAAGUCGAUGUCCCAGGGUAUGAUCAGCUCAUCGAGGCACUAAAAACAGAUGAAGAUGCUAGAACCAUCUUCCUGAGGGCUUGUCUUACAAAACUCGGCUUGGAAGUCAGCCAGGGAGCAUCGCCCGUGCCGAGUCUAUCCAAGAUUCACCUCUCUGCGCUCCACCAUUCCGACGUCAGCGAGAUACUGUGUUCGUUUGAAGACAUCAUCACCAAAGAGAACGGCGAGGAGUAUAUCAAAGGUGGCAAUGACCUGUUUCACCUCGAAAAGCCGGAUUCGAGGUGGUCUCUAGCAUCUCUGAGCGAAGCCUUAUUGAGCGAUGUCGUUGAGUCAAAGAAAAAGACGGGCAGAACCUCCCCAGAUCCAACCGCCGAUUACAGCCACGUCCCCAAACGGAUUGUGUCCCACGAGGACGCCUGGCCAGAACCCAAGGAAACCCCCUACUUCAACCACUCAAUCUUCUAUUCAAGCCUUCGGCAAUUCCGAGAGAAGGAGGAGGCGGAGGAGGCGGAGAGCUGGGGCAAUGUGUUGAUGAACCAUAAUCUUCUUUCAAAGUUACCUACUGGGUUCACCUUUGCCGCAACGACUCAGAUAGCAGGCCGUGGCCGAGGUGCUAACGUCUGGGUAGCGCCUCCCGGCUCCUUGAUCAUGUCCACCGUGAUCAACCAUCCGGCUCACUACGCAGCAACCCGACCCAUUGUCUUCAUCCAGUACCUCGCCGCUCUUUCCAUUGUCGAGGCGGUAAAGUCGUACGAUGACGGUUACUCGGAGUUCCCUAUCAAGAUCAAAUGGCCCAACGAUGUCUACGUCCGAGACCCUUCGAAACCAAACGAAGUCUCAUACGUCAAGGUUGCCGGCAUCCUCGCCAACUGCGCCUACUCGUCGGGAAGUUUCCAAGUUGUCCUCGGAAUCGGCAUCAACACCAACAAUGCCCGGCCGACCACCAGUCUCGAUGCGGUGCUGCCCCUGCUAGAGGGCGGCAAGAAACUCGGGUCCUUCCGAAUCGAGAGGCUCCUAGCCCGGAUCCUAACCCGCCUCGAAACCCUCUAUACCGAGUUCUGCCGCAACGGCUUCUCGCGGGACCUUGAGGGCAAAUACUACCAGCACUGGUUGCAUACUAACCAGAUUGUCACGCUUGAGGCUGAGGGUGGGGUCAAGGCGCGUGUAGUCGGCAUCACCAGAGACUGGGGCAUGCUGAUGGCCGAGGAGGUGGCCGACAAUGGCAUCAACGGCGCUUUGCGGUCGACGGGCAAGGUGUGGGCGCUACAGAGCGACGAGAAUAGCUUCGAUUUUUGGAAGGGCCUCGUCAAGAGGAAGAUUUGA